GCCCGAGUUAUAGGACUUUCCAGUGCGGACUGCCUUCUUAUAAGUAGGGAGGAGCAGCCGAGAGAUCCGCCCCAAAAAGCACGCAAUUGUUUGCAACCAUGGCCAUUGAUACAGCUUUACCAGGGGGUGUCGUGUCUGGUGUUGACGUAUCCUCCCGCAACAAGCUUAGAUCUCCCGCCCACCCAGACCACUCCCAAGAAAUCGAGAUCCUCGACAUUCGACGCGAUACCGAGAAGCUUGACAUUCUCGAGGACAUCAAGCAAGGUCUUCGCCCCAAAUCUGGCGCUCAAAAGACUUUGCCAACCCUUUUGCUGUACGAUGAGGCCGGCCUGCGCCUCUUCGAGAAGAUCACGUACCUCGACGAAUACUACCUGACGAAUUCCGAAAUUGAGGUGUUGGAGACAUAUGCGAGUCAGAUUGCCGAUUGCAUUCAGCCUGGAUCCAUCCUCGUGGAGCUCGGCAGCGGCAACCUUCGGAAGGUGAACAUCCUGUUGCAAGCAAUUGAGCGCCUCGAGAAGGCUAUCGAGUACUACGCGCUAGAUCUUGAUCUUGACGAGUUGAAGAGAACCUUCUCUGCAAUUCCAGCGACUGGCUACAAGCAUGUCAAGUGCUUCGGCCUCCACGGGACCUACGAUGACGGAUUGGAGUGGCUGAAAUCUCCGCACGCCAGAGGCAAGGCUAAGACGAUACUGUGGCUCGGGUCCAGCAUUGGAAACUUCAGACGAGACGAGGCGAAGUCCUUCCUGAAAGGGUAUCAGGAUGCUCUAGAAGAGGGUGACCUCAUGCUGAUUGGCAUAGAUGCCUGCAAAGAUCCAAGCAGGGUGUAUCAUGCGUACAAUGAUAAGCAAGAAGUGACUCAUCGCUUUAUCUUGAAUGGCCUCGUGCACGCCAACCGGAUCCUCGGACAAAGCAACAUCUUCAACCUCGAAGACUGGAAAGUUAUCGGAGAAUUCAACAAUGUUGACGACUGCCACCAAGCUUUUCUAUCGCCAGUACGAGACGUCAGAGUCAAUGGGAUCUCGAUUCGCAAAGGGGAGAAAAUUCGCAUCGAGGAAAGUCACAAGUACUCCGCGGAUGAGACGUCCAACUUGUUUCACGUCACAGGGCUCGCUCAAGAAGGCAGUUGGUCCACCAAAAGAGGAGAUUAUGCGCUCCACCUUGUUUCCAAACCGCGAAUAAUGUUUCCGACAAACCCUAAGAAAUACGCGGCUGGGCCAGUUCCCAGCCAAACAGAAUGGGACGAGCUCUGGAAAACCUGGGAUGCCAUUAGCCGGGGCAUGAUCCCGAAAGAGCAUCUCCUCUCCAAGCCGAUCGAUCUCCGACAUCCCUGCCUCUUCUAUCUCGGGCAUAUCCCGACUUUCCAGGACGUUCAUCUUUCCCGCCCAACGGAUAGCCCUCCCACCGAGCCGAAAUACUUCCGUAACAUCUUCGAGCGUGGCAUCGACCCUGACGUCAACGAUCCGACCCAAGUUCAUCCGCAUAGCGAAGUUCCAGACACAUGGCCGCCACUGGAGGACGUGCUCAAGUUUCAAGAAUCUGUUCGUGCUCGCGUCCGCAGUAUCACUGAAUCCGAAGCAGCUCGUCACGACGGCCGGGUCGCUCGCAGCCUUUGGCUUACAUUUGAGCAUGAAGCCAUGCACGUCGAGACUCUACUGUACAUGCUACUACAAAGCGAGAACACCACGCCUCCUCCAAACACCCGGAAGCCAGAUUUUGUGGCAUUGGCAAGCCAGGCUCUGGCAGAGAAGGUCCCAAACAAAUGGUUCACAAUUCCGGAAGCUGAUAUCUCCCUUGGACUCGACGACCCUGAAGGAGAGUCUCGCGUGGAUCGCUACUUUGGCUGGGACAACGAGAAACCGAGUCGCUCUGUUCAUGUCCAUUCGUUCUCUGCCCAGGCUAGGCCCAUCACGAACCGCGAAUAUUUCGAGUAUUUGCAGAACACGGGCAGAACAACUAUUCCAGCUUCAUGGAGCGAUACUCCAUAUGAGGGUCAGCAAACCCCGACUUCGAAUGGUGUUAACACCGGCACUAAUGGCGCCAACGGCUACACGAAUGGUGUCAACGGGAGCACCAAUGCCGUCAAAGAUAAAUAUGUGCGCACGGUAUACGGAGCAAUCGAGCUAGAGUAUGCUUUGGACUGGCCUGUCAUGGCUUCGUAUGACGAGCUUGCUGGAUGCGCUAAAUGGAUGGGAGGGCGCAUUCCGACGGCAGAGGAAACCCGCAGUAUCUAUGCAUACGUCGAGCGUACGAGGGCUAAAGAAGUUCAAAAUGCUCACGGAGAGAUGAUCCCAGCAGUCAAUGGUCAAAUGUCCAACGACGGUGUUGAGGAAUCGCCACCAUCACGUGGUUUGUCCAACGGCUCCUCCAUCACAGCCGUCGCUAGCCCCGCCUCACCGCAUGAUCUCUUCAUCGAUCUCGAAGGGAAGAAUGUUGGCUUCAAGCAUUGGCACCCAACUCCCGUGAUCCAGAAUGGCAACACUCUUGCCGGCCAAUGUGAUUUCGGCGGAGUGUGGGAAUGGACUAGCUCUGUGUUGGAGAGACAUGAAGACUUCGAGCCAAUGAGCUCGUACGAAGGUUACACCGCCGACUUCUUCAACGGCAGUUACAACGUUGUCCUUGGAGGAUCUUGGGCAACUCAUCCUCGAAUUGCGGGACGCAAGACAUUCGUGAACUGGUACCAGCGUAACUAUCCCUAUCCUUGGGCUGGUGCUCGCCUCGUGCGCGACAUCUAGUCUAGAUGUCACUACUACGUGCACUUCAGCUACGAGUGUCGAUGGACAUGCACGGAAAGGUAAAGCAUAUGGUAUUAUGCUUUCAAGUUCUGCCCGUUCUGUAGUUCUCUCACGCGAUCUGGUACUGUUGAUGUGGAGUCUCUCGUUUGGCAAGGGUGGAAAGGUAAAGGGGUAUCGAAGAUGAGACGUGUACUGUCGUUGAAUUCCCGUGAUGUCCUCAAAUCAGGUACAAUGAAAAUUCAAGCCC